UCUUCCGGUGUAUCCUUUAUUCAAUUCCAUGACAGAACCAGAGUUGACAAGACAUUACGUGCUCUGUAAUAACUCGAGUCGCUUCUUAUAUUCAUGUCAAACCAAAAAAGAGUUUCAAGAUUGGUCUCAUAUCAGGAUUACAAAAGAUGGCGGAAAAGGUAGAAGCAUCUGUUACAGAAGGUGAAAGCACGAUUGAAGAGAGAGACAGAGAAGCUAUGAGGGAAUUUGAGGAGGGUCUCGAUCAACCCAUGGACGAAGAAGCUAAUAUGCUCAAGAACAUGAACAACGAAGAGGGCUUGUCAAUGUGGAUGUUACUGAGACUAUCAUUCCAAAGUCUAGGGAUUGUUUACGGCGAUCUAGGGACUUCUCCAUUGUAUGUGUUCUACAAUACAUUCCCUGAUGGAAUUGAUGAUAGUGAAGAUGUGAUCGGAGCUCUUUCUUUGAUCAUUUACUCUCUUUUGCUUAUACCUCUCAUCAAGUAUGUCUUCAUUGUCUGCAAAGCUAAUGACAAUGGUCAAGGUGGGACUUUAGCUAUAUACUCAUUGCUCUGUAGACAUGCUAAAGUGAAUCUCAUCCCGAAUCAGCAACGCAGCGAUGAGGAUCUCACGACUUAUAGUCGAACUUUAGUCGCUGAAGGAUCUUUUGCUGCUAAAACAAAGAAGUGGUUGGAGAGUAGACAUUCAAAGAAGAGAGCCCUUCUAGUCAUUGUUCUUCUAGGCACGUGUAUGAUGAUAGGUGAUGGUAUCUUAACCCCAGCCAUCUCCGUUCUUUCAGCCACUGGUGGGAUCAGAGUCAACAAUCCAAAGAUGAGCAGCGAUAUCGUUGUGCUUGUGUCUGUCAUCCUUUUAAUUGGACUGUUCAGUAUGCAACACUAUGGUACAGACAAGGUGGGCUGGCUCUUUGCCCCUAUAGUGUUUAUUUGGUUCCUCUUCAUUGGAGCCACUGGUAUAUACAACAUCUGCAAACACGAUACAAGCGUUUUAAAAGCCUUUUCGCCAACAUAUGUAUACUUGUACUUCAAAAGACGAGGGCGAGAUGGUUGGAUUUCGCUCGGUGGCAUUCUUCUCAGCAUAACAGGCACGGAGGCACUAUACGCGGACAUUUCUUAUUUUCCUUUAUUAGCGAUACAGCUAGCUUUUACACUUUUUGUGUUCCCUUGUCUUCUUCUAGCAUACUGCGGACAAGCUGCAUAUCUUGUGACCCAUAAGGAACAUUAUAAAGACGCCUUCUAUGCAUCAAUCCCUGAAAGUGUAUAUUGGCCAAUGUUAAUAGUGGCGACCGGAGCUGCGAUCGUUGGGAGCCAAGCUACCAUCUCAGGGACUUAUUCGAUAAUCAAACAGGCCGUGUCUCAUGGGUGUUUCCCUCGAGUUAAAAUUGUUCACACUUCCAAGAAGUUCCUAGGUCAGAUCUAUUGCCCUGAUAUUAACUGGAUACUCAUGCUUGGUUGCAUCGCAGUCACGGCUAGUUUCAAGAACCAAACCGAGAUCGGAAAUGCAUACGGUAACAUAUACAUGACAAGAUGUUUGGCAUUUAGGUUAGAUAUUUUUGAGUAUUCAUCUGACUUUUAUUUUUUGGUAUCUUGGCUAAUAUUAGGAACUGCGGUUGUGGUCGUGAUGCUCGUGACCACAUUAUUGAUGGUGCUGACCAUGCUUCUCGUGUGGCGGCUCCACUGGAUCCUUGUCCUUGUAUUCGCCAUCUUCUCGCUCGUGGUGGAACUGUCCUACUUCUCGGCUGUGCUCCUAAAAGUCAACGAAGGAGGAUGGGUCCCGCUCAUCAUAGCAGCGAUCUGUCUUUUGGUAAUGUUUGUUUGGAAUUACGUGACAGUCAAGAAAUAUGAGUUUGAAGUGCACAGUAGAGUUUCCAUGAGUUGGAUACUCGGUUUGGGUCCCAGCCUGGGUCUUGUACGUGUCCCCGGGAUCGGGUUAGUACACACGGAGCUAGCGAGUGGUGUCCCUCACAUCUUCUCUCAUUUCAUCACUAACCUCCCGGCAAUUCACUCUGUGGUAGUCUUUGUCUGCGUAAAGUACCUCCCGGUCUACACCGUCCCUGAAGAAGAGAGGUUUCUUGUCAAGAGAAUCGGACCAAAGACAUUCCGAAUGUUCCGCUGCGUCGCCAGGUAUGGUUACAAAGAUCUGCACAGGAAGGACGACAACUUCGAAAACAAACUGUUCGAUAACCUCUUCUCGUUCAUUCAAACCGAAACAAUGAUGGAGUCGGAUUCAAACUAUAGCCCUUAUUCCUUCAACCAUAGACAAGAGUCUAGAGAUGAAUUGAUACGUAACCACAACAACAACCACGGUGGCAACGAUAACAACAUGGUUAUGUUCUCAUCGAUGGUUGACUACUCGGAAUCCACGAUAGUUCCAGCUGAUUCACCGCAUAGCGCAAUGAGUUUCAGUCAGAACUACACGGUGGAGGAAGAGGAAGAGAAAGAGGAAGAGGAGGAAGAUGAGUUGGAGUUUCUAAAGAUUUGUAAAGAGACAGGGGUUGUCCAUAUCAUGGGAAACACCAAGGUGAGAGCAAGAAAAGGAUCAUUGCUUCCAAAGAAGAUAGCCAUUGACUAUGUUUAUCGGUUUCUUUCUAAGAUGUGUAGGGCGAAUAGUGCUAUCUUACAUGUUCCCCAUGAAACCCUUUUAAACGUUGGACAAGUCUAUUAUGUUUAGCUUUUCUUUUCUCCAACUUUUGUAAAACAAUUGCUGAUAAAUAAAAGGGUAAUAAAGGAUACUAA